AUGGUCAGGAGGGGGGCCCUCUCCCUACUAGUAUUCAUCACGUUCUCUUUGGUUGUGAUUUUCCGGACUCGCUUGAUAGCCAGCGUCAACCCCUGUGUGCAGGUGACUCCAGGCAUCACUUACGUUUGCAUGGAGCUGAACCUCAAAGGAAUUCCAUCUGAAAUCCCAAACUCUACCCAAAACCUGGAUCUGAGCUUCAACCCACUGGAAGUCCUGUACUCAAAUUACUUCUCAUUGGUUCCUGCAUUGAGGUUUCUGGAUAUUACAAGGUGCCACAUCACAAAAAUCGAAGACGAUGCUUUCGCUGGACUCCAUAGCCUUUCUGUCUUGCUUCUGACCGGCAAUCCUCUCCAGUUCUUGGCUCCAAGAGCAUUUCAGGAUUUGACAUCUCUGCAAAGACUGGUCCUUGUAGAAACCAACCUCUUCUUACUGGACAGUUUACCCAUUGGACAUUUAAUGUCUCUUCAAGAGCUAAAUUUGAGCAAUAACUACAUAGAUUCCUUAAAACUUCCCAAAUAUUUCUCCCAACUUAUACAUCUUAAACGUUUGAUUCUCCAAUCAAAUAAGAUCUCCUCAAUCUCGAGUGGAGACCUGGAUGCCUUGCCAACGCACAACCUCACACUUGUGCUGUGUAGAAAUAACAUAAAAUAUAUCCAGCCGAGGUCUUUUAAAAGAGUUUACCUACAGGAACUGUCCCUGAGAUCCAGUUUUGAGGAUAACGCUGUCAUGCAGGUUGGUCUCCUUAACUUGACUGGCUUACAUGUUAACAGUUUAGUGUUGGGCGGACACAGGAACCUUAGGAAAGCAGAGUCCUUUAACAAGAAUCUCUUGGAUGGUCUCUGUCACAUGGAGCUCCAGAAAAUAACUCUCAUCUGCACUGGAGAUGCUUUUGGCAGAACAGAUAGUCUUUCUGCCUGUUUGAACAACAUCUCCACUGUACGGUUCAUGCACACCUACCUUAAGACUGUAUACUUCCCUAAAAAUAACAACAUACGCCAUCUUGAAUGCAAAGAUAUUCGGUUUUACCAUGUGCCUUUUGAGAAUCUGGCUUCCUUGACAGAGCUAAGAGUGCUCCGCAUUACUGAUACCAAUACACUCGUUGAAUUUAAUUUGCGCUCAGAGGUGAAUUGGACUUUAAAGAAUCUCGAGACCCUAGAUCUCAGUGAUAACAACCUUUAUAUAGAUCUUCGCUGGCUAUGUCUCAAGGAACGGUUUUCAAACUUGAUGGUUUUGAACCUCAGCUUCAAUUCACUCAUCACAUUGUCAACAGAGGUCUUUGGCCCAACCAAACUGAAAUAUUUGGAUUUACAACAUUCUAGACUAAUAGGUCCAGGAAGGCUCCCGACGUUUCUGUGCCUUAAGACUCUCAUUUACCUUGAUAUAUCCUACACCAGCAUUGUUAUUACCAUGGAAUGUUCAUUUUGUGGCUUGGACAGCCUGGAAGUAUUGAAAAUGGCUGGCAACUCUUUUAAGGACAAUCAGUUGGCUAAUGCCUUCACAAAUGUCACUAAGCUGAAAAUCUUGGACAUUUCCUAUUGCCAACUGCAGCAUGUGUCUCUUAGUAGUUUUGACCUGCUCCAUGACCUUCGUGAACUGAACAUCAGCAACAACAAGCUCCUGGAUUUCUACCCAGAGUCCUAUAUGCACUUACAGGCCCUCACUAUCCUGGAUUUCCAUAGCAACCAAUUGAUUACCUUGACCAAGAAGCACCUAGAGAACUUGCCGAGUGGCUUGAAGAAACUGGACCUUUCUCAAAACCUUUUUGACUGUUCCUGUGAUCGUUUGUACUUCCUGCGGUGGGGCCAAGAACACAAAGACCUCUUUAUAAAUGCAGAGAUGAUGAAGUGUCACAGCCCCUCACACUUAAAAGGUACCCAGCUGAUGCAUUUUGACGAAUCUACUUGCCAAGUCAGUGUAACCACAGUGGCAGUUUCAGUGAGCAUUUCUGUGAUUGUGGCCUUGUCUUUGAUUCUAGUUUAUAAGUUCUACUUCCACUUAUAUUAUAUGAUACUGUUGCUCAGUGGAGGCCAUUCCACUACCGAUCACAGCAAAAUCUACGAUGCUUUUGUCAUCUACUCUGGGGAGGACCAAGUGUGGGUGAAGCAAGAGCUGGAGGAUACACUAGAAUCAGGAGUGCCACGCUUCCGCCUCUGCCUCCACUAUCGAGACUUCAGACCUGGUGUGCCUAUCAUAACCAAUAUUAUCAAAGAAGGCUUCCAGAGCAGUCGGAAAGUCAUUGCUGUGGUCUCCACCCACUUCCUGGAGAGUCGUUGGUGUAACUUUGAACUUGAAGUUGCUCAGUCUUGGCAGCUACUGGACAGCAAAGCCAGCCUCAUCUUUGUUAUCCUAGAGGGUGUAGACAGAGCCGCUCUACGACAGAAGCUGGGGUUGUUCCGGUACUUGCGGAGAAAUGCCUACUUGGUAUGGAAGGACAGGGAAGUCAAACGGCAUGUUUUCUUGAGGCAGCUGAAGUCAGCUUUGCUUGAGGGCAAAACAUGGACCGAGGACGAGCUGAAAGCCAUGUUGACGAACUAGGUCCAUGUCUCCUUUUUCUGCUUCUCUGAGCCAAUCCAAAGAUCAUGGUUGAUAGUGAACUUUCACUAUAGUGAUAUUUCUGAACCUGGAAGAAUUCUGUUUAGGCCAGAAUGUGGGUGGAGGAAGAAGGAAAUACCCUCAUAUAAAGGCCUGUCCUUUUUUGAGGGUUCUUGUUCACCAGUUAGCAAACAGACAAGACAUAGAUCAGAUACAUCAAAGACCUUGACUGGAUACCUGAUUAAGAGGUUGGAGCAUCUUUCUUAAGAUGAAAGGACAAGGAGUUUGGGCUUUUCAGUGCAGAAAAAGACCACUAAAGGGGAGACGUGUUAGAGAUUAGUGUCACCAGAUGCUCGCUAGGAGAUCCCAUGCUGGUGCUCACUGAAGCAGAAGGGGGACAGGUGGAGGGGAGUGAUAUUACUUCUGGUUAGCAGCUUAGAAGUGAUAUCACUGCAUUGCACAAUGAUUCGGAAAUUCCCUCAAUCUCUAUAGUUGUUAUGGCCAGAAGUAACAUAGCAGCAUCACAUUAUGCUGUUUUACUAGCUCUCCCUACCACCACCACCCCCAGUCUUCCACUGGCUGCCAUGUUUGGGUUGGCAGAACUCGUAGAGAUUUAUAAAAUUAUGUGCGGGAUAGCAAACGUGGCUAGAAAGAACUAUUUCUCCCUCUCCCAUAAUACUAGAACUCAGGGGCACCCAAUGAAGUUGAUGGGCAACAGAUUCAGAAGGGACAAAAGGAAGUACUUAUUUACUUAACAAACAAUAAAAUUGUGGAAUUCA